UCUUUACUUUUUCCGGUACCCGUGAGUCAGUUGGGGGAGGGCAGCUCUUGCCCUGGCUGAUGGUUCUGUGGCCUGCGUCUGUCUACUGGAUGAAUUCUGCUAGAAGAUGGAACACAGCAGGUUUCUGGCUGGCUUGAUCCUGACUGCCCUUCUCUCCCAAGUGAGCCCCUUCGAGAUAGAUUUGAAGGAACUUGAGGACAAAGUAUUUUUGAGUUGCAAUACCAGCAUCAUAUGGCUAGAGGGAACAACAGGAACACUGGCCUCAGAUACUAAGAGUCUGGAUUUGGGAAAACGCAUGCAGGACCCACGAGGAGUGUACAGGUGCAACACAACAGAUAAACAAAUGGACAAAGAGACUACUCUGCAAGUAUAUUUUCGAAUGUGCCAGAACUGUGUGGAGCUGGACUCAGCCACCCUGGCAGGUAUUAUCAUCACUGACAUCAUUGCCACUCUGCUCCUUGCUGUGGGAGUCUACUGCUUUGCUGGACACGAGACUGGAAGGGUCUCUGGGGCUGCUGACACUCAAGCUUUGUUGAGGAAUGACCAGCUCUAUCAGCCCCUUCGAGGUCACAAUGAUGCUCAGUACAGUCGUCUUGGUGAGAACUGGGCACGGAACAGGCGAACCUGAGGCUGGUGGCUUCUAGGCGCAUCGGUUAUCGGCUGCACGUUCUCUCCUUGCUCAACCAAGAAAGAUGUCCUCCUUCACUCAGCAGGUGCCUGGACUUUUGAAGGCUUCUGGGCAAAGCAUGGGAGUUGUCCUGACUUGGCUGGGCCCUUGCCCCACCCAGCCACCUGCGUCCGUCCUUCACUCCUUCCCUUCCUCUGCCCCACAUGGAUGGUGCAAUAGGCAGUCUCCCACCAUAUCCUGGCCCACUGGUGUUUCUGGCCUGGUGGGCUCCCUGGGUUCAGGAUCAGCCUCUUGGCUCUAGUCCCCUAUUACAACCCUUCCACAGCAUUGACUUUCUCACCAUAGUGGAGGGCGGGCUGCUGUGUUUAGGGACCCAGCCACACAGAAUUUUCCAUGACAUUGUGAGUGAAGGUGGCAGAGAUAUUAAGGGCCCUGGGAUCACUUCUUAUCAAGGCUCCGAGUGCAUAUGACAAAGUCCCACUUCUGCUAAGGGGCUGGCUUUGGCUUUAUGACCCCCAUGGAGUGUUAGCCACUACCUACAAGGAGGUCUCAGGGGAAGCCCCUUCAGUAACCUUUUCCCCUAUGUAGAAGGUACCAUUCUAUUUUCUUCACCCAGAACCUGUCCUUGCCCUGCUCCUGCCUUCUGCAUGAUAAACUGACAUCAGAAAGCCUUCAUCAAUUAAAACACAUUGUCCUUCUCCACCCACCUGGAAAGCUGGAGUCUGAGACUGGAUAGGGGCUUGGGAUAUUUUCAAUAGAUGUCAUCUUCAGCCAGUGGGUUAGCGGUGGUUCUGGAACUUUGAGAUUUAUUAAAAAUAUAGACACUCGGGUCCCUUUUGGGGCACUUUUGGGUCUCCAGGUGAUUCUGAAGCAGCCCUAACUCAGAGACGCUCUAGAAGAUUUACAGGAAGAAUUGAAGCCACUUACUCUUUGAUGUGCUUUAUGUCCAUUCCUGUCUACCAUGGGUAGGAACUCCUAUUUUUGUUUUCUAAGAGUAAUUCAGUGAACUUCAGAAGUUUAAUGAGUGGGACUUUCUUAGACCAGGGUUCCCAAAGGAGAAAAGAAUUAACAACCACAUCAGCCAGAGAUCUGGAUGAUUCUGCCCACUAUCUCCUCGAGGUAUACGUAGACCCUAAGUUUGUUAGAGACAGAAUGAACUUCCAAUUCAUACAUGCUUCAUUCAUGGUUAUGAUUGAUUCCUACCCUUUAUAUCCCUACUACUGCAGUCCUCCUAGCCCUAGACCCGACUUUCACCCUGGAUGCCUCCACCUUGAGCAGUCCUUCCAUGGCUUGUAUUGCACCAAUGCUUGUACCCUUCCCACGCCCUGCUCACUUCCUUUGACCCUGUGCUCUCAUAUGCCCUUACAUCCCCCUUAUGCUGCUCACCAGUUCUCCACAUUGGCUGCACAUUGGAAUCUCCUGGGUAGCUUUCAAAGUACUGAUGGCGGGGGUGUCACCCCCAGAGAUUCUGAUUAUAUUGGGCUGGAAAAUCAGGACUUGUAAAACUGCCUAUAGUGAUUCUAAUGUGAAGCCAAGGUUGAGAAAUUCUACCCUUCACCUGAGCCCUUCUGGAAUUUUGGGUCCCUUCAGCUCUCAUUUUUUUGUGCUUUUAAAAUACUCCUCAUCUGCAAAAUGGAGCCAGGGGAGCACCUACAUCACAGGGUCCUUGAAGAAAUGGACAGUGCAGAGAAAGUCCUACGAAGGGGGUCUAGGUCAAUAAAUGAUCUCAUCUCCUCCCCCUCCAAAUAAAUAAAAUAAAAUAAAAUAAAAUAAAAUAAAAUAAAAUAAAAUAAAAUAAAAUAAAAUACAGCUUUACUGGAGCCAAUUGACAUGAAUAAACUGCAUAUAUUUAAAGUGUAAAAUUUGAUAAGUUUUGGCAUAUGUGUACACUUGUGAAACAUCACCACAGUUGAUAGUUAUGAACCUACCCAACAUCCUGAACAAUUGUGCCCUCCUUCUUCUCCUUAUCCUCCAACCCUCCAGGCAACCACUGAAAUGCUUUCUGUCAUUAUAGAUUAGUUUCCAUUUUUCUAGAGUUUUAUAUGAAUGAAAUAAUAUGCACCCUUUUUUGAUCUAGCUUCUUACGCUCAGCAUAAUUAUUUUGAAAUUCAUCCAUGUUGUUGCAUCUAUCAAUGGUUCAUUCCUGUUUAAUGUUCAGUAGUAUUCCAUUGUAUGGAUAUACCACAUGUUGUUUAUCCAUUCACCUCUUGAUUGUCUUUUGAGUAUUUCCUGGUUUUGGCUGUUACAAAUUAAGCUGCUAUGAAUAUUCAUAUAUGUCUUUAUAUAAAUCAUGUACACAAGGACAUAUGUUUUUAUUUUUAUUGGAUGAAUACUCAAGAGUAGGAUGGCUGGGAUGCAACUCUUAAAGAAAGUAGUUCGGUUAUUCUAGGUCCUUUGCAGUCCUCUGUGAAUUAGCUUCUAUUACUACAAAACGCCUUCUGAGAUUUUGGUGAGGAUUGCAUUGAAUUUAUAGACCAUUUGGGGGAGAACUGACAUCCUAAUGCUACUGAGUCUUCCAAUUCAUGAGUAUGUCUUUUGCCAGAUUUAUUCCUAAGUGUGUAUGGUAUUUUAAAAAUUCCAUUUCCAAUUGUUCAUCAAAAGUACAUAGAAAUACAAUUACUUUUUGUAUAUUGAUCUUCUACCCUGAAAACUUCCUAAACUCAUUUAUUAAUUCUAGCAGCUUUUUUUUUUUUUUUUGGUAGAUCCCAUUAGAUUAGAUUUUCUCCAUAGAAGAUCAUGUUGUUUGUGAAUAAAGGCAGUUUUUAAUUUCCAACAUUUCCAUUUCCAACCUGGAUGUCUUUUACUUCUGUUUCUUGGCUUAUUGCACUGCUAGAACCUCCAGUACAAUGUUGAGCCGAAGUGGAGAAAGGACCUCCUUGUCUUAUUUGUGACCUUAGGAGGAAAGCAUUGUCUUUCAUCAUUAAGUAUGAUGUUGGCUGUAGGUUUUUGUUAGAUGCCAUCUAGUAGGUUGAGGUCGUUCCCUUCUCUUUCUAGUUUGCUGAGAAUUUUUAGCAAAAAUAGUUGUUGAGGGUUGUCACAUGUUUCUUCUGCAGCCAUUGAGUUGAUUAUAUGGUUUUACUUUUUUUUUUUGUCUGUUAAUAUGGUAAAUUACAUUGGCAGCAUGAUUUGUUAAACCAAUCCUGUAUUCCUGAAAUAAACUGUACUUGGUCAUUAUGUAUUAUUCUUUUUAUAUAUUACUAG